AAACAAGCUAUUAGUUAUUAUAUAUUGUAUUUUCAGCAUUUUAAAUUUUUGAGUGAAUGGGUACAGAGAAUAGGAGAAGGAAAAUUCCCAGGACAGUUAAGCAAAUACAGACCUGUGACUAUCAUGCUCCUGUUAAACAAGCCUUUAAUAUCUUGUGAAAUGCUUCUCUUAUAUUAAAGAUGAAUCUUUUGGAUGUUAUAAAGAGAAUUCAUAGGAGCCACAAUUUAUAAAAAAAUACUGAAAGACAAGGGUCAUAGAGACAGAGGGGGUUAAACACAAUUGACUUGCUACCCUUGUCAACAAGAAGUGAGAUGAUUAAGGGAUUUUGUUUUGCUAUUUAUAAAAGGCCUGCUACAGAAUUAAAUGCAUGCAAGAAGUGUAUCUACUUGCAUUUUUUCUCUGGAAAAAGAUAAUUAUGGUGUUUGUGCAUGCUGAUCAGUUAAUUUUGUGCGAGAAAAACUAAAGACAAUUUCUAUAUUCAGGUUAUUCAAAGUAAAUAAUAAUAAGCAUAGAGAUGACAGGAAAUUUUGUGCAAUGCAUGUUAUUUCACGUAUCUCAUUUUGAAAUAAAGUCUCUUAUACAUUAUGGGGAGAAAAUUCUUUUGAAAACUUAAAAUUUGUUUUCAUUUAAAGAAAAGAGUCUGCUUGUCUCCCCACACCCAUGUAACAUGCUCCAGAUGGGUUUGCAAUGUUCACACUAUCAAUGAAAGUGAUAAAAAAACAGUCAGGCCUCUUUCACUUUAAUUGCAAGGUGAAAUUAUUUGGGUUUGUUUUGUUUGGGGUUUUUUUGUUUGUUUGUUUUUUGUCUGUGUGCUUAAGGCAAAGACAAAUCAAGUUCUUUCCAAUCACAGCAUCCAAAAGCAAAAUACAGAGCCUGAGUGCAGUGGUCUGAAGUGCUUAGGUCCAGCAGAGGACAGGGCAGGAUGUUUGCUCAUUUGUCACAGGAGACUGGUGAUUCUCCCCUUUCCCUGUGGCACACACAUACUGCAGCAUCUAUCACUGCUCUGGUGGGAUGAAGCCUCAUGUGGGUUCAAGGAGGCCCUUAGAAGAGCUUGGCUCCUUCCUGCCUGGGCAAGGAAGAAGGUGCUGCUACCACAAAGACUCCCAGGGCCUUCCAGGCCAGAGAAGAACGGGUGAGAUGGUCUCUGUCUUCCGGAGCGAGGAGAUGAGCCUGAGGCAGCUCUUCCUGCAGGUGGAAGCUGCCUACUGCUGCGUGGCUGAGCUCGGGGAGCUGGGGCUGGUCCAGUUCAGAGAUCUGAAUGUGAAUGUCAACAGCUUCCAGAGAAAGUUUGUGAAUGAAGUGAGAAGGUGCGAAUCCUUGGAGAGAAUCCUGCGCUUUCUGGAAAAUGAGAUGGAAGAGAAUGUUGAGAUAGUCCAAGGAGAAAAGUACCCAGAGACUCCCCUACCUCGGGAAAUGAUUGAUAUGGAGACAGUACUGGAGAAACUUGAAGCUGAGGUGCUGGAAGCCAACCAGAACCAGCAAACACUGAAGCAGAACUUCCUUGAGUUGACAGAGCUCAAACAUCUGCUGAAGAAAACCCAGGACUUCUUCGAGGCAGAAACCAAUCUGCCAGAUGACUUCUUCAGUGAAGACACAUCUGGAUUGCUGGAGCUGAGAAGCACUCCUGCUGCUGCAGCUGCCAAGCUGGGAUUCACAGCAGGGGUAAUAAAGAGGGAGAGGAUGAUCCCCUUUGAGCGUUUACUGUGGCGAGCCUGCAGGGGAAACAUCUACCUGAGAUACACAGAAAUGGACACCCCCAUGGAGGACCCUGUGACAAGAGAAGAGGUGAAGAAGAACGUGUUCAUUAUCUUCUAUCAAGGAGAGCAGCUUAAACAAAAAAUCAAGAAGAUUUGUGAUGGAUUUCGUGCCACAGUCUAUCCUUGUCCAGAGUCUGCCACCGAGCGCCGAGAAAUGCUUGAUGGAGUCAACACAAGGAUCGAGGACUUAAACACAGUGAUAACACAAACCGAGUCCCACCGCCAACGGCUGCUGCAUGAGGCGGCAGCCAACUUGUGGUCCUGGGGUAUCAAGGUGAAGAAAAUCAAGGCCAUCUACCACAUCCUGAAUUGCUGUAACAUCGAUGUCACCCAGCAGUGUGUCAUUGCAGAGAUCUGGUUCCCAGUGGCUGACGCUGACCGGAUAAAAAAAGCUCUCCAUCAAGGAAUGGAACGCAGUGGCUCCACGAUUGCCCCCAUCCUCACUGCCAUACAUACCAGGAUGGCACCACCCACCUUCAACAGGACCAACAAGUUCACAGCUGGAUUUCAGAACAUCGUGGAUGCGUAUGGCGUGGGCAACUACAGGGAGAUGAACCCAGCUCCCUACACUAUCAUUACUUUCCCCUUCUUGUUUGCGGUGAUGUUUGGGGACUGUGGCCAUGGCACUGUCAUGCUGGGCUUCGCACUCUGGAUGGUCAUUAAUGAGAAGAGCCUUCUGGCCCAGAAAAGCACUAACGAGAUCUGGAACACCUUUUUCAGCGGGCGCUACCUGAUCCUGCUCAUGGGCAUUUUCUCCAUGUACACUGGCUUCAUCUACAAUGACUGCUUCUCCAAAUCGUUCAACUUCUUUGGUUCUUCCUGGCAUAUCAUCCCCAUGUUUAAAAAUAACACUUGGAAUAAGGAUGUGCUUCUAGACAACACAGUGCUGCAGUUGGAUCCAGCAGUCCCAGGAGUCUACUCUGGAAAUCCAUAUCCAUUUGGAAUAGAUCCGAUCUGGAAUGUUGCAUCGAACAAGCUGACUUUCCUGAACUCCUACAAAAUGAAGAUGUCGGUUGUCAUAGGGAUUGUGCACAUGAUUUUUGGGGUGAUACUCAGUCUCUUCAACCACAUCUACUUCAGGAAAUACAUAAACAUCAUCCUUCAGUUCAUUCCAGAGAUGAUUUUUAUUAUCUCUCUUUUUGGCUACCUGGUCUUCAUGAUUAUUUUCAAAUGGUGUCAUUUUGAUGUCCAUUCAUCCCAGAGUGCACCAAGCAUCCUCAUCCACUUUAUCAACAUGUUUCUGUUCAAUUAUAGUGACACUUCAAAUGCUCCAUUGUAUCUGCAUCAGAAAGAAGUGCAGAGUUUCUUGGUCAUAUUUGCUCUGAUUGCUAUUCCCUGGAUGCUCCUAAUUAAACCUUUCAUCCUCAGAGCCAACCACCAGAAAGCGCAGCGCAUGAUCCAUUCUCAAGCCAUCUCAGGAAACUCAGGAGGUGAAAAUGAGGCAGAUGUCCCAGAGACUAAUCACUCCAAGAAAGCUUCCCAGGGAGACCACAGUGGUGGCCAUGAAGGACAUGAGGGUGAUGAUGAAGAGUUCAAUUUUGGAGACAUAUUUGUCCACCAAGCUAUCCACACCAUUGAAUACUGCCUCGGCUGCAUCUCCAACACAGCCUCCUACCUGCGACUCUGGGCGCUGAGCUUGGCCCAUGCACAGCUGUCAGAGGUGCUUUGGACCAUGGUGAUGCACAACGGGCUCAGCAGCAGCGGCUGGGCAGGGCUCAUCGCCAUCUUCAUCAUCUUCGCAGCAUUUGCAGUGCUGACAGUAGCCAUCCUGCUGGUCAUGGAGGGGCUCUCAGCCUUCCUACACGCCUUGCGCCUGCACUGGGUGGAAUUUCAGAACAAGUUCUACGUGGGAGCUGGGUACAAAUUUUCUCCGUUCUCCUUCAGUCACAUCAUCAAUGGCACUGCAGAAGAGUAA